CUCAACAAAUCCAUGAAUGCGAACCUCGACCUCAUCAACCACCCGCGGCUACACCUCGACUGGGACCUCAUCCUCAUCCAGGAACCGUACCUUGACUUCCUCAACAACACCCGCGCCUCCCACAACUGGCGGGUUGUAUACCCUACUAACCAUGGUUCUAGCCCACAGCACACCCGAAGCGUUAUCCUCGUCAAUUCUAGGCUCAGUACAAACGACUGGCGGCAACUCGAUUUCCCUCACCCGGAUGUUACGGUACUCCACCUCAGUGGCGCCAUCGGCACCCUCACGAUCUUCAACAUCUACAAUGCUGAUGACAAUGACGACACGCUACAUCUCCUUGCCCGAUACUGCCAU